AAGCUGCGGGAUACAGGGAGAAGAGAGAGAGAGACAUGUGCAAGGCAGGAGGGUUGAGCAGCGUGCAGCUAGAGCAGAGGGAGAAAGUCCAGUGCUGAUGCAAUGGAGUUCGGAUCUUACUGACCCUCACCUCCGGAGAGAAAGAAGUUGUAGAUCCAGAGGAACACAAGGUUCCAAGUACCUGGAGGACGCGCCCCCACCAGCGGUGAGAGCGAGUAACCAUGGAGACAGUGGCAGAAAAUGGCGGGGGUGGCUACAACUGGCAGAAACGCUGCAUGACGUUAGAGUCCCAGCUCUUCAGGUUCAGGCUGCAGGCCGGCAAGAUCCGAGAGCUGUUGGCUGAAAAGAUGCAGGAGUUGGAACAGAGAGUGAUUGAGGCUGACCAGCGGGCAGAGAAUGCAGAGAAACAGGUGCAGGCAAUGCAGGAGAAACUGAAAGCAGCCAACAUCCAGACCAGCGAAUCAGAGAACAGCUUAUUCAAGAAGUACCAAGAGCUGACCAAUACGCUGCAGGAAAAGGACGAUGUGAUUCAGAGGCUGGAGCAACAGUUGGACAAACAGAACCAAAUGAGAGCACGGGAGGCGAAGGUGAUUGAGGAGAAGGCAGCUAGAAUCAAAGAGUGGGUGACGUUUAAGUUAAGAGAGCUGGAAUUUGAAAACCAUCAUCUCAAAGAAACGACCCAGAAACAAGCCGAACAGAUUGAAGCCCUGCGCGCCAAGAUUCAAGAUUCACGGAGCGAGCGACCGGGAGCUGACGCGACAGUGGACGGAGCCUCAGAAGCAUCCCCCCUGCCUUCAGCUGCCCCGGCCCGGCCUGCGCCAGGGGGUGAGGAGCCCUGUGUCAAGGGGAGGAAGGAGCAGCCUCGACGGAGCCCCACAGAGGGGGAGGAGGGCUGCGCCGAGGCGGGGAGUAGGUCUGAGGCCUGCUCUCCUGAGUCUGCCCCGGGCCUGGCAGAGGAUGAAUGCCCCCAAGCUGGGCCCCCACCGCCGGCCGCCAAGGAGACAGUGAAGGCCCGUCCGGACACCGAGGGCACCAUCCAGAGGCCGAGGCCCACCCUGCCAGCCUUGGCGGCCAGGGAAGGCCCCGUGGGCACCAGCAUGACCCUGCCCAAGGUGAGGACACCGCUGGCUCCGAGGGACAGCAUCCAGCUGGCGAAGAAACACCUCAGCCAACCGCAGGCCGGAACCGCUGACAGGCCCCACCGUGUCGUCCGCAUCGACAUCUGCCCCUCCUUCAGGCCUGCUGGCCCCGCCCGGCAACCGGUCCGGGUCCAGGAGACUGACAUCGACGACGUUCCUGAGCAAAUGGAGACUGAAGAAAGUGGCGGCGCCCCGGCCAAGGAAUGCUCUGUCCCCUCCCCAAUGUCAUCACCGCCACCCUCGCUACCGUCACUACCAGCAGCGAAAGAGGCUUCGGCAGAUGCUGAAAGCUCCUCCCCCAGGAACGAGCCUCCGCCUCCCCCCUUGCAUCGUUUGCCCUCCUGGGAAGGUCGAAUUUACGCCCUUGCCAAGUCUGGCAUGAGGAUGUCUGAGGUGACAUUGGCUAACAGCUCCACGAAAAGAUUGUCAAACCUUCCUGGGAGCCUAACCUCCGGGCCUUUCGCUCAUCUCAUCUACAAGAACAUGACGGUUCCUGUCUACACCACUCUGAAAGGGAAAGCCACGCAGAUCAGCAACGUUCCCUUUCCGGACGAGUCGUCGGGAUCCGACGACGACAGCAGCUCCCAAGCCAGCUUUCGGACGUCCGCCGUGGGAACGGAGACGAGGAAGAACAGUGGACCCGGGAGCCCCCGAGCCGUGAAAAGAGGGGUCUCGAUGUCCUCAGUCAGUUCUGAGAGCGAUUAUGCCAUCCCUCCCGACGCCUGCUCCGUGGACAGUGACUAUUCUGAGCCGGAACACAAGCUCCUUCGGACCUGCUCUGUCUACUCUGCGGAAGGCAACUGCACCGAGCCUUUGGAGAAGUCCGGCUAUCUGCUGAAGAUGGGAGGUCAGGUCAGGACGUGGAAGAGACGGUGGUUUGUGCUGAGAAAUGGAGAGAUCCUGUACUACAAGUCACCUAGCGAUGUCAUCCGGAAGCCGCAGGGCCGGAUCGAGCUCACUUCCUCAUGUCGUAUCAUUCGGGGAGAAGGAGCACAAACCUUCCAGCUGGUGACUGAGAAACGGACGUACUAUCUGACGGCGGACUCACCGAACAUCCUGGAGGAGUGGAUCCGGGUACUGCAGAGCAUUCUGAAGGUGCAGCUGGCUGGCCCGGCCAUCACCCAGACCGAAUCGAAGCCCUCUGUCCGAGGCUGGCUGACUAAGGUGAGGCAUGGCUACUCCAAGCUGGUCUGGUGCUCCCUCGUGGGAAAGGUCUUCUACUACUAUCGGAACCAAGAUGACAAGUUCCCUCUAGGCCACCUGAAGGUCCGGGAAGCUAAGAUCGGAGAGGUGGACCGUUCCUGCGACUCCGAUGAGGAUUACGAGGCAGGAGGCCGAGGAUUCCUCUCUUCACACUUCACAGUCAUCAUCCAUCCAAAGGAUCAAAGCCCGACUUACUUGCUGAUUGGGACCAAACAGGAAAAGGAUACCUGGCUGUACCACUUGACUGUGGCAGCUGGGAGCAGUCGGUCGAAAGUGGGAACUGAGUAUGAGCGGCUCAUUGGGAAACUGCUGGACAUCGAUGGGGAGCCGAACUCUGUGAUCUGGAAACACCCGGUGCUGUGCUGCAGUAAGGAUGGAAUAGUGAAUGCCCUCACCACACUCCCUUCCGAAGCUCUGCAGACUGAGGCACUCAAACUGUUUAAGUCAUGUCAACUGUUCAUCAAUGUGCUGGUUGAGGCACCUUCAAUUGACUACCAUGUAUCACUGGCACAGAAUGCACUGCAGGUUUGCCUGACUCACACGGAGCUACAGAAUGAGAUCUACUGUCAGUUCAUCAAACAGACAAGCCAUAGGCAACCUCACAACUUCUCCCUCAUACAGUGUUGGCAGCUCCUGGCUCUGUGUGUUGCUCUUUUCCUUCCCCAGCAUCACUUCCUGUGGUAUCUGAAGCUUCACCUGCAGCGCCAUGCUGACCCCAGGACUGAGAUCGGUAAAUACUCCAUCUACUGCCAGAGGUCGGCGGAGCGGACCUUGCGGAACGGGGAUCGGGAAGCCAAGCCAUCCCGGAUGGAGAUCAUGUCAAUCCUCCUACGGAAUCCUUACCACCAUUCCCUGCCUUUCAGUAUCCCGGUCCAUUUCAUGAACGGGACUUACCAGGUUGUGGGCUUUGAUGGAUCCACGACAGUUGAGGAAUUCUUGCACACGCUCAACCAGGAAAUAGGGAUGAGAAAGCCGCUACAUUCGGGAUUCGCACUCUUCACCGAUGAUCCUUCUGGAAAGGAUUUGGAACAUUGUCUGCAGGGCACUGUGAAGAUUUGUGAUGUGAUUUCAAAAUGGGAACAAGCGCUAAAGGAACAGCACCCCGGUAAAUAUGAAGGGAACAGGAUUGUCCGACUAAUAUAUAAAAGCAGGAUAUAUUUCAGAGCUCAGGCGAAGGGCGAAACAGAGCGAGAGCGCCUCCUGCUGACCUAUCAGGUUAAUGACGAGGUGGUGAACGGACGAUUCCCGGUGAAUAAAGACCUGGCCUUGGAGGUGACUGCCUUAAUGGCUCAGGUGGAGUACGGUGAUCUGGCACGCCCGAUCCCUUCCAGCCCCGGGAGCAGCUCCCAGUCGAAGACCCACCAGUUUCUGCAGCAGGUUCUGGAGAAAUUCUAUCCCAAGCACUACAGACAAGGAUGUACACCCCAGCAGCUCAGGCGACUGGCAGACACACUGGCCACAAAGUGGAUGCUUCUGAGGGGUUGCAGUGGAGCUGACUGCGUCCGAAUCUACCAGACUGUCGUUCGCAAGUGGCCAUUCUUCGGAGCAAAACUGUUCACGGCGAAGCCGGUUGCUCCUUCCCCCCUCGAUGAGAAGCCUGUGUGGUUGGCAGUGAAUGAAGAUGGUGUCAACAUUCUGGAAUGCAGCACAAUGCAUCCUGUGAUAAAUUAUCCCUAUCCGACAGUCCUGACGUUCGGAGGCUGUGGCGAUGACUUUAUGAUGGUGGUCAGCAAAGUCAAGGAGGGGAACCCGGUACGAAGCACCGUGGAGAAGCUGGUGUUUGCCAUGGUGAAACCCAAGAUCCUGGAGCUGACCCUGAUACUGGCCAGCUACAUCAACCACAGCGGCUGGCCCUCCCCAUCCGCCUCGCCGAACCUACCGGCUGCGAACCUCUCGGGCAAGAAGCUGUGGGAGAUCGACAGCAAGCACUUCCCGAGCAUGACACGGACCACCCAGGGCCCAACCCUGCUCUGAGAACCCCAGCCCCUUGUGAGAGCUGAAGACGCGGAACAUGAGACCCGGCUACCAGAGGACAAACCACUUGCAAGAUUCAAAUGGUGCAUGGAUCACCGUUGUGUCUGCACUCUCUCUGUUGCAGCCUGUAUUUAAGUGCUUGAGUAGUGUUUUUUAGAUCUUCUUUUGUUUUGAUACUUCACAGAUCUCGUGCGAGCUGAGCGUGCAGAUCCCAGCAUGCUCUGUGCCACCGGUGCUAAGGCUGGUCCGUAUGCAGUAAAGCCGGAAUGGUGCAGGCUCCCGGGAAAAGCACCCUGAAAUGGGACAAGGCCUUUCUCCAAAGCGGUUCCCUUCCCUUACCCAGUUCCGCCCGAGGGUUGAUUACUCUGCAAACAUGGCAGUGCCCACCUCCUACCCCUUGGCCAUAGCUCCAGUUCUGAUGGGCUUCGGCACCCAAGGGGCAAGGUUGUGGGUGACAAAGGUGUUGGUACACAGUAAAUUGUCUUGGGAGUCCAAAACUGUAAGGUUAUCAGCAGAAGCCAGGGGCCUUUGCGUAAGAGUGGAAGAAGGGUCACAGCAGCAACAGCAACAGGGUCCAUGACCUCCUCUUUGCAGACACCCUGGUGCUGUCCUUUCAUCAGGCAAAGAAUCAUCAGUGCAGUCAAUCAGAGGAGCACUGGUACCUGUUAAACUAGGAACAACAGGGCCUGGCCUCGCACCCUCAGGCAAGUGCCUGUGUGGAGUUUGCCCCCGUUCUCCCAGUGUCCCCGUAUUCCCUCUGGUUGCACCGGUUUCCUCCCUCCAUCCAAAGACGUACAGGUCAGGUAGAUCGGCCGUGUUAAAGUGCCCCGGAGUUUUCACGGAUGUGAAGGUUAGGCGGAUUAGCCAUGGGAAAUUGCAGGGGAUAGGGGUGGGAUUCCCCUUUGGGACUGCCGGUAUGGGCUCAAUGGGACGAAUGGCCUGCUUCCGCUCUGUAGAGAUUUAAUGAUUCUAUACCAGGCAGCACCCAGAAUAGGACUCUGCACCCACCACCCCAAUCCCCACCCCCCCCUUCAGGACCUGCUCUUUGAAUAUGUUAGACACACGACGCCUCAGGAGAGUACACUGUCUUUAACGUUUGGUUUCAGGCUGAGUAUUUGCUGUUUUGCAGGAACUGCUCCCAAACACAUGCCGCUGGAUUGGUAUAUCACAAAUGAUACAGGAGUGAGCCUUUCAAUGCAAAGGUUCCUAGAGUCCAAGUAUUCUUGUAGGUCCCCAGACUAAAGGGCUUUGAAAUCAUUGGUUAUCCAGGACUAACAAAAUCAAGCUCAGAUUUUCCGUCCUGAAAUCAGUGUGUUAACAUGGGAUUAAAUAACGAGACCACGGAAAUCAAGGGAACAGUCAGAGGCUGUCACUGCCUCUCAAAGAUGAACCAAGGAGGUAGUGCUGUAAAAUUGAUCAGCCUGUGGACGAGACUCUUAAUAACCAACGCCUACCUUGAGAAAGCUGAGGUGCUGGUCCUUGCUUUACUGACAUUGCUUGUACUAAUGGACAACUCGCAGAACCUACCACUGUCGCAUUGGACGACUCGCGGAACAUGUCAGAGAUCAUCUCCAGGACCCAAACACCAACUGACCCCACUGCCCCUCUUCAACCCCCCCCCCCCAAAUCCUGACAAAGGCAUGCAAGACCUUGGCCGCCUCUGCUGCCAGAUUCUAGCCACCCGAUGCCUGGAGGAAGAACGCCUCAUCUUCCACUCUGGCACCCUCCAACCACACAGGAUCAAUGUGGAUUUCACCAGUUUCCUCAUCUCCCCUCCCCUCACCUCAUCCCAGAUCUAACUCUCCAACUUGGCACUGCCCUCUUGAUCUGUCUGACCUGUCCAUCUUCCUUCCCACCUAUCACCCUCCCUCCCACCUUCUACCUAUUGCCUUCCCAGCUACCUUACCCUUGACCCCCACCCUCCUAUUUAUCUCUCAGCCCCCUACCCUCCCCACCUACCUCCAUAUUCUUGAUGAAGGGCUUAUGCCCAAAACGUUGACUCUCCUGCUCCCUGGAUGCUACCUGACCUCCUGUCAUUUUCCAGCACCACACUUUUCAACCAUUGUAGCUCCCUCAGAGGGCUGUCAUCUCAUGAGGGUCCAUGAGUGAACCACUGGCUUUCUCUCAUAACUUCACUGUCGCUGCCCUAUUCCUGGCCCAGCUUGCAUUCCAGCACCCCAGUUGGAGAUUUUGCAACCGUGCCCAGCGCCAUGACCAGUACACAUGUUUGUCAGUGCUCCCCAUCAGUAACUUCCUCAUUUCCCGGGCAGGAGGUUUGUGGAUUCACUAUCAGAGUCUGAAGCAGGAGCUGAUACUCCAGUGCAUAGAGGGAGUGCAGCUCCGUCAGAUGAGACAGGAAAGCAUAUUUGUGUCUUCCCUCACAGUCAAGCCAUAAAAGAUUCCCUGGAGUUAUUUGAAGUAGUACCUGGACGUGAGGGUGGCUCAGUGGUUAGCACUGCUGCCUCACAGCGCCAGAGACCUGGGUUCGAUUCCAGCCUCAGGCACUGUCUGUGUGGAGUUAGCACAUUCUCCCCUUGUCUGCGUGGGCUUCCUCCGGGUGCUCUGGUUUCCUCCCACAAUCCACAGAUGUGUGGGUCAGGUGAAUUGGCCAUGCCAAAUUGCCCAUAGUGUUCAGGGAUGUGUAGGCUAGCUGUAUUAGUCAGGGGUAAAUAUAGGGUAGGGGAAUGGGUCUGGGUGGGUU